AUGCUCACGACGGCCGGGCGACGAUUGUCGCGCGUCUCUGUGUCGCCACGGCCGCGAAUGCGUAACUACACACUUGGCAACAUGCCACCGCCUCCGGCUGUCAAUAUACGGACACAUGACCAGAUUUCGCCACAGGAACGACAAUUUCUCGAGGCAGCCGAAAGAGGUGACAAGCCAACCCUACAGGAAUGCCUUCUCACGAAAGAGGGCGAAACGCCAUUAAAUGUUAAUUGCCUUGACUCGAUGGGCCGAUCAGCGUUGGAGAUCGCUGUUGACAACGAGAACAUCGAGGUGGGUCCUUUCAUUGAUUAA